ACUGCCCUUCCCCUGUUUGGAUAAACAAGAAGCCUUCGACGCUUCAUUGGCUAAAUAAUUGCUCUCUCUGUCACUUUCUUAUUUGGCGGGCCUCAUAAAUAAAAGAGAGAUUCAAAGUUCCAGGAUACCUGAUUCCCCCCAAAGUAACAACCUUUCUGAGCGGAACAGUCCCAAAUAUACAGAGUUCUUCUCCCUAUUCAUUGAUUUCGACGGGUUUGUCCUGUUUCCAUGGUUGCUGACCUACUGUGAGGAUCCCUUUCUCUCCCUUAAAAUCGGAUAUUUCAGGACUCCCUCCACUGAUAUCACAGAGAAUCCUCUCAAGUGGGUUGAGAAUGUAUCUAGUGGAAAGCAAAGGAGGAGCCAUACUAUGUAUGCUGCUGGCAUUGCUCUUCUUAGGCACUUGGCCUGCUGUCUUAACCCUGCUAGAGAGAAGGGGCCGUCUCCCUCAACACACCUAUCUCGAUUACUCCAUCACCAAUCUGUUAGCAGCCAUCAUCAUAGCUUUCACAUUCGGUGAGAUUGGGAAGAGCUCGUAUGACUCCCCUAAUUUCAUUCCCCAGCUCUCCCAGCUUGGUGAGAACUGGCCUUCAGUUCUGUUUGCAAUGGCGGGUGGGGUUGUGCUCAGCUUGGGGAAUCUUUCGACUCAGUAUGCUUGGGCGUUUGUCGGUUUAUCGGUCACUGAAGUGAUCACUGCUAGCAUCACUGUUGUGAUAGGUACUACUGUUAAUUACUUUUUGGAUGGUAGGAUUAACAGGGCAGAGAUUUUGUUCCCUGGAGUUGGUUGCUUCCUUAUUGCAGUCUGCCUCGGUUCUUUAGUCCAUUCAUCCAAUGCUGCUGACAAUCGAGCUAAGCUAGAAAGCCUCUCGAGCAAUUCCGAGCUUGUGACUGAGUACAAUGACCCACUUUUAGCACUUUUGAGCAUGGAGUUGAUGUUUUCCGAUCCCUUUCGGAUUGUAAAUCGUGUGUUGUGUGGAAGUGUAGAAACAGAAGACGUAGAGAAUGGGAAUGGUCCUACAAAGCGGGCAGAGUUUGGGACAGCAGAUUUCCUUGUACAGCUGGAGAACAAAAGAGCAAUCAAGGUCUUUGGAAAGGGCACGUUAAUAGGACUAGCAAUCACAUUCUUCGCCGGAGUAUGCUUCUCUCUUUUCUCACCAGCUUUCAACUUGGCAACAAAUGAUCAAUGGGACGCAUUGGAGAAAGGAGUUCCUAAGUUGGUAGUCUACACUGCAUUUUUCUGGUUCUCAGUAUCGUGCUUUGUGCUCGCCAUCUUUCUGAACGUCUGGUUCCUUUACCGCCCUGUACUCGGCCUGCCAAGAUCAUCCUUCAAGGCUUACCUCAAUGAUUGGGAGGGCCGCGGAUGGGCCCUACUGGCAGGACUUCUCUGUGGGUUUGGAAAUGGCCUCCAGUUCAUGGGAGGCCAAGCUGCUGGUUAUGCAGCAGCUGAUGCUGUUCAGGCUCUCCCACUAGUGAGCACAUUCUGGGGGAUACUUUUGUUUGGAGAGUAUCGCAGAUCGUCGAGAAGAACUUAUGUGUUCCUUGUUGGAAUGUUGGGUAUGUUCAUUGUUGCUGUUGCAGUUCUCAUGGCAUCUUCUGGGCACCGAAAGAACACGCAAAAAAUGUAUCUGGUGGAGAGCAAAGGGGGAGCUAUAGCUUGUAUGUUCUUGUCCCUCUUCUUCUUGGGGACAUGGCCAGCUAUCUUGACUCUACUCGAACGUCGAGGACGCCUUCCUCAACACACUUACCUUGAUUACUCCAUAACCAAUCUCCUAGCUGCAUUCAUUAUAGCCUUGACAUUUGGCCAGAUUGGGAGCAGCACUCAUGAAAGCCCUAACUUUUUCCCUCAGCUUUCUCAGUUGGGAGAUAAUUGGCCUUCAGUUCUUUUUGCCAUGGCUGGCGGUUUAGUUCUCAGCCUUGGCAAUCUCUGCACACAGUAUGCUUGGGCUUUUGUUGGCCUGUCUGUCACAGAAGUCAUCACUUCUAGCCUUGUUGUAGUAAUAGGAACAACCUUAAACUAUUUCUUGGAUAACAAAAUCAACAGAGCAGAGAUUCUAUUCCCAGGAGUGGCUUGCUUCUUCAUUGCUGUUUGUUUUGGUUCAGCUGUCCAUUCAUCGAAUUCUGCAGAUAACAAAGCCAAGCUCAGUAGCUUACCAACUGAUCGGAAAAAUGGUGAAAAUGUUGGAAAUGGUAGCAAUACUGGAAACAAGGCGUUAGCUGGAACAGCAGAUUUCCUUAUAGAACUUGAAAACCGAAGAUCCAUCAAGGUAUUUGGGAAGAGCACGAUGAUAGGCUUGGCCAUAACAUUCUUCGCCGGCUUCUGCUUCUCUCUCUUCUCACCGGCUUUCAACUUGGCAACCAACGAUCAAUGGCACGCGUUGGAGAAAGGAGUUCCUAAGCUGGUCGUCUACACUGCUUUCUUCUGGUUCUCCAUCUCUUGCUUUGUUCUGGCCAUCAUUCUGAAUGUCAUUUUCCUUUACCGCCCGGUUCUGAACCUUCCUAGAUCGACACCAAAGGCAUAUCUCAACGACUGGAACGGCAGAGGUUGGGCUUUUCUGGCUGGUCUUCUGUGUGGGUUUGGGAAUGGGUUGCAGUUUAUGGGAGGCCAAGCUGCUGGUUAUGCAGCUGCAGAUGCUGUUCAGGCACUACCACUUGUGAGCACAUUUUGGGGGAUACUGAUCUUCAAAGAGUACCGAAAAUCUUCCAGAAGAACAUACAUAUUGCUUGUGGCUAUGCUUUCCAUGUUCAUUGCUGCCGUCGGAAUCCUCAUGGCGUCUUCCGGCCAUCGAAAAUGACCAUUCUUUGAUGCAUGGAUAAUCAAUAUUCUUGGGAAGAAGUAUGUAACACACUGCUGUCUAUUAUAGUAGGAAAAUCGAAAGUUCCCUACAAAUCCAAUAUAUGGUAAACUUUUGUUGCUAAUAA